UGUGAUCGCGGUGGGCGACCAUUACAACAGCACACAGGUGGAGGAGUUGGCGAGCACGCCGUCAGAGCAGCACCUGCUCCAUCUGUGGCACGUGAAGGAGUGGGAGAGAGGCUACGCACAGCGCUUCUUCAGAGCCUUCCUCAGGGUCCUCAGCAAGGGAGGGAACAGCUACCCUCCUGCCCGUCUCAAACUCAAGUGUGAGCAGAUGCUGGGACAGGAACACGGACAGGGACAAGGACAGGCAGAGUGGGAUGUGUGGAAAGAGGAAGAGGAGUACACAGAUGAGGAGGAGUUCCUGGAGCACACUGGUGUAUUUCCGACUCAGAUAGCUCUUGACCAGGUUGACACUAUACAUGCCUUCUCCAGGGGAGAUGGAGCCACUUCACCGUCCCGGCCACAGCCAAACUCUAAUGAUCACACAACCCUCCUGAGGACAGAGGAAAGUACAGUUCUUAACCAGGAUGCAUGUUUCAUCAAACAGGACAAGGGAGGUUGUGAGAACUACACUCUGAAGUGGUACUUCGACACAAUACAGAGCGAGUGCUCCCGUUUCUGGUAUGGCGGCUGUGGCGGCAACGGUAACCGCUUCGAGACGCAGGAGGCUUGCGAAGGCCUCUGUCUGAGGAGGAACUCCACACAUGUAAAACCCUGAUUAGAGUGAAUUGAAGAUCACGCCAGAAACCAGCCAAACAAAUGUCUCAUUCAAGGUGUGAACAUCAAAACAACACUGUCUGUGUAAAUAACUCUGGCCCUUAACUUUAGCAUUUAGUUGUUCUCCUUUUGGGUAGAAAUGACUGAAACAGAAGUAUGAAUAUUUCUCUUUUAUUCAAGUCUGUUCAAGCAGACCUAAGUAACGGAUCUGACUCUCAUGCAGUCAUGCAACAAACAUCCAUAAGGGCACUGCUGCUUUUGUGAGAAUGACUUUAAAGCAAUGAAAUAACCUGUGUCUCUUGUGGCUAUUUUCCAUCCUCACAGAUCAACAGCUACCAAACCAACUCAAGCACCAGGCAAUGCACUGUUAACUUGGAUGUUAACCGUAGAUGUAAAUUCAGGCUGUAUGUCAUCCGCUCAGUGUUUGUAAAUAGGAUUUGUUGCACUGUGUGUCUGUUUCCUCUAACUUGACCAUUUUGUUUACAUACCCUACAUCUCAUAUGUAUAUACUGUACUCGAUACCAUCUACUCCAUCUUGCCUAUGCCUUCUGUACCAUCACUCAUUCAUAUAUCUUUAUCUACAUAUUCUUUAUCCCUUUACACUUGUGUGUGUAUAAGGUAGUAGUUUUGGAAUUGUUAGUUAGAUUACUCGUUUUUUUCUGCAUUGUCAGAACUAGAAGCAAAAGCAUUUCGCUACACUCGCAUUAACAUCUGCUAACCAUGUGUAUGUGACAAAUACAUUUGAUGCUAAGUGUUGAAAAUAAAACUCCACAAAUUC